GAACAGUGUGUAAACUGAAAACUACAUUUCCCAAGGGGCAGCGCGGCAUGUCACAGAGGAAGACAGCGCAUGCGUAGAGAGGUCCUCCGCGCUGCGACCAAGCUCAUAAAAGGCAAAAAAGCGUGUGUGAUUUUCGCCCUGCCGCGAAUCUUCGAACGCAAGCGCGUUGUUAUCCGCAGACUUUGAAAAGCAUUCGAGCGACCGCGCGCCUGCUCCCGCUGUCGCAGUUUCCAGCGCGACGUGCUUUUCCACCCGUGGCUCGGCGCCCCCGUAUACCACACCAUGGCCCUCGUGUCUGCUGAUUCCCGCAUUGCAGAACUGCUCACAGAGCUCCAUCAGCUGAUCAAGCAAACCCAGGAAGAGCGUUCGAGGAGCGAACACAACUUAGUGAACAUCCAAAAGACCCACGAGCGGAUGCAGACAGAGAACAAGAUCUCUCCCUAUUACCGGACAAAGCUGCGUGGCCUCUAUACAACCGCCAAGGCCGAUGCAGAGGCUGAGUGCAACAUCCUCCGGAAAGCCCUAGAUAAGAUUGCGGAAAUCAAGUCUCUGCUGGAAGAGAGGCGGAUUGCGGCCAAGAUCGCGGGCCUGUACAAUGACUCGGAGCCCCCUCGGAAGACCAUGCGCAGGGGGGUGCUGAUGACCCUGCUGCAGCAGUCAGCCAUGACGCUGCCCCUGUGGAUCGGGAAGCCUGGUGACAAGCCCCCGCCCCUCUGUGGGGCCAUUCCAGCUUCCGGGGACUACGUGGCCAAACCUGGAGACAAGGUGGCUGCCCGGGUGAAGGCUGUGGAUGGGGAUGAGCAGUGGAUCCUGGCCGAGGUGGUCAGUUACAGCCAUGCCACCAACAAGUAUGAGGUAGAUGACAUUGACGAAGAAGGCAAAGAGAGACACACCCUGAGCCGCCGGCGGAUCAUCCCACUGCCGCAGUGGAAGGCCAACCCGGAGACAGACCCCGAAGCCUUAUUCCAGAAGGAGCAGCUCGUGCUGGCCCUGUAUCCCCAGACCACCUGCUUCUACCGUGCCCUGAUCCACACGCCCCCGCAACGGAUGUCUGGUUCCUGCUGGAUGAGAGAAGGGACAGUCCUCUUUCAUAACCGUGACCCCAGGAGAAGCAACAGCAGUAACUAGCUGAUGGAUGAGUGCACGUGUUGCUGACUCGAGUGCUAGGAGAUAAGAGCUAUACAGGGCACUGCUGCAAGGGGGCACUGCUGCUCAGUCCUGCGGAGGGGAUCCAGGAGGACUGGGCUGUGGGCUGUCAUAGGGGAGGGGGGCUGAGAGGGCCUUGGCAGGUCACUGUGAGGUUCCUGCCUCUCUGCGUGUGACAUGGAGGGACGCAGAAGCAGGCGGCCUCACCUGCUUUAUGUCCUCAUAGAAGAGGUAGAGAACAGGGUGGGUGUGACUCAGCUCCCACCACUCCUGCACGUGCUGGUACCAGGACCCGUAGGACACUGGAGAAAAGGGCAGGGGGCAUGGACACAGAGGUUGGCAUAAGUUGUAGCUGGUGCCCCUCAGCUCCACCCCACCCCUUUCCUUCCUCCAGAGUCAGCCCCACCUUCCCCAGCCAUGAACUUCUCCAGGAAGCUGUCCCAGGUGCCAGGGUCAGGGUGCACCUUGGCCAUGUGGUAGAAGUGGUAAUAGGAGACGGCCACAUCCUUUGCAUUGCGGGCAACGUAGACCACCUGGAGGGGCAGAUGACCCCCCCGACACCCCAGCACCAUCACCACACAGCACACUGGGCACUAGGUGUCCCACCCUUCACAGCAUCCUUGCCAGGGAGGUUCUCUCGGUUUGGCUGAGGGAGAAACGGGUCUAGAGGCUGACUCACUUACAGUCCCAUGGUGUGGGCGAGACUGAGCUGGGGCUUGAACCCUGCUCUGAUGCCGAACUCUGGGCUGCUCCGUGAAACCAUAUUUUAUACUAAUCUAAUCCCCUCAAUGCCACUCUGCCUGAAUUUGGAACAAGGCAUGCUGGAUUCCCACCAGCCCCUCUUCCACGGGCCUGUGAGCCCGACUCUGCACAGAGGAGUCUCCUUUUCACCAGAUUAUCUGACCCCACUAGAGCCAUCAGGCAGAUGCCCCCCGCCUCCCUUAAGAUGAGACCAGGCUGGAGGAGGUGAGGAGACCUCCCCAGAAGGUAGGGCCAAAGCUGGGAUGGCCCCAGCAGCCUCCUUCCCUGGCUUCCUCUGCCAUUCACCUUGACCUUCUGAUCCAGCAGCGUCGGUGGAAGCAGAGCCAGGGGCAAGUGUGUCUUGAUCAGCCGUGGGGCUGGUGUAUCUUCCAGAAGCUCAGCACCUAAGCCAUAGGUAGGGAAAAGCCGGCUGAGCUGGAGCCCGAGUCCUACCUCCCAGCACCCCGCCACAUACCUGUGGGAAGGCCAGGGACCCUGAGCUCAAGGAAGGGCACCCGGACGAAGAUGGGGGCUCUUUGACACUUCUCCAGGUCGCCACCCUGGUAGAUCAGGUCCAGGAUCUCGCUUACCCAGGUGGUGCCUGGAGAGUGAGGGAAAUGGGAGAUGAGCAGGGCUGAGCACGCCCCUCCCGGCCCAAGGUGGGGACUGCAGCCCAGGAGAGGCAUUGGUGCCCUCAUCGCCUACCGGAUUUGGGGUAGGUGCUGAUGAGCAGGUCAUCGGGCCAGGCUUGGAAGCUCUGCAGCGGCCCCAGGCCCUCUGCAAAGUACUUGAUGAGAGGGACCCCCUUCAUGUACUCCAGUGGCGGGCGGGAGGUGUCCUGGACCAGCUCCAUGCUGCCACGUCAGGGUCCAGAGUGUAGCUUCCUUCCCUUAACAAUAUCACAGUGGUGCCAGCUGUUGAAUUCUUGCUUUAAGGUAAGGAAACUGAGGCUGAGGGAGCCACUUGCCCACGCUCACAGAGCUAGUGAGUGGUGGGGCUGGGAUUCAAAGCCAGAUCCAGUGCUCACGCAGUGGGUCACACCCAGGCUCAUUUUUAUUUGCCUGCAGAGCUUUUAAAAUCCCAAACCAAUUAAAACACUCUCUGGGGAUGGGACCCAGACAGCAGUUUUUUGGAAGCUCUCCAGGGGAUUCCAUUGUGCACCUGAGAAAACCCACUCUAGGUCCUGCCUGUUUGAACUUCCUGCCAGCCCCCAGCUUGCUUUCUCUUCCUGCUUUGCCUCCGGGCCUAAUCCUGGUGGGCUCCUCCCUGACGUCCCCUCCUUCAGCUCCCCUCCUGGCCCCUCACAUAUGUUGGAAAACUCCAAAAAGGCCAGUUGGGCCUGAGACCCCGCUUGCCCAGCUACCCUCCCCAGCUUGGAGAAAAACACAGCCAACUGAGCAACUGU